CUUGACUGCUUUUCCAGCGUAGUAGCCUCUUUUUUCUCGCCGGUGUGUUCUUAGCUUAUACAGUUUUAAUAAACCUUUGUGUUAUGUCUCAUUCAGACGUGAUUGCUUCCAGAUUCCUGACUUUUGACCAAAUGUACAGCUAUGAGAGACGCUUACAGACGUUUGUAGAUUGGCCUUUCCGUGAGGACUGUCAGUGCACACCUGAGCUGAUGGCCAAGGCAGGUUUCGUGCACUGUCCUAGUGAGAAUGAGCCUGACGUUGCCUGCUGUUUCUACUGCCUCAAAGAGUUGGAAGGAUGGGAGCCAGAAGAUGUUCCCUGGUCAGAGCAUGCUAAACGUUCUCCAGACUGUGGAUUCCUACAGAUGAAACCCUUUGAUGAGCUCACUGCCAUUGAGUUUUUUCGUCUUGAGCAUGGGAGGAUUCGGAAUUACAUUAGGAAAAUGGCACACAUGAAAAUAGCGCAUUUUCGAGAUGAAGUGGAAAACACCAGCAAAAAUUUGAAAGUUCUUUUCGAUAUCUUGUAGGUUUUUUUAUUAUUUUUU